UCUGGCGGCAAUCUCGUGCUCGUGCGUGCGAUGAUGUGGGACGAGAAGAUAGUCGCGUUGUUGUAGCGUUGUGGCUCGACCGAUUCAGGGAGUGUUUAUUUAGUACGUGUACAGAUUAUUGGCGCGCGGUGUUUGGAGAAAGCGAAGUUUUAUUAAUUAGCACGUUUAAAACUUUCAUUAUUGUGUAAAUGUAAAUAUGGCUCCAUUCAGUCCCCAGGCAUUGACUCCUCGUAAGCGUCAAAUAGAAAAAUCAAUAGAAAAAGCUGAUAGUAUAAUUCGUUCAGGUACUUUGGGAAUCAAUAAGAGAAAUUUCUAUGGAAGUAUCAAGAGAACAAGGCCAAGGUUGAGUCAAGAUUGUCUAGCCAAAGAACAAGAUGAUGUGAAGAAAGUUGAUGUAUAUGAUUUUGAUGAAAAUGGUGAAGCGCUUCAAGAAUCAGUCUUUUCUCGCUUAAUUAAACCUCACGAAAUAGGAUUUCCUAAUCCUCCUGGGACCAACAUAUGUUGGAUGAAUGCAUCCCUGCAAAUUAUUUUGGGAAUGAGAUGUGUUAUUGAUGAUCUUGAAUAUCCAGGAAAUGGAAGUCCCCUUUCUCGUAAUCAUUUGUCGUCCAUACUUCAGUCUUUCUUAGAUGUCCUGAGACAGUACCGAAGAGGAAGGUUAUUGCCUGUACAUAAGAACCUGAGCAAUCUAAGAGCUGCUUUGUCAACAUUGGACUCUGGAUUCGCUUGUGAAUAUCAGCAAGAUGCUCCAGAAUUUUUGAUUCGUCUCCUGGAUAAGUUUAGAGAAGACUUCUAUGAAAUGGGAAAAUCUGAGAAUAACAAUGGUGAAACAAUCCCAUUAAAGGAAUUGAGUUUGAAUAACUGUAAUGGUUCUUUUACUCAGUCAUGUGGUAAUAAACGGAGAGCAAACCCAAUUUGUGACAAUUUGCAAUUUUCAAUGAAGGAGAAUUAUUGUUGUACAAGUUGUGGAAUGCAGAGUGAAAAGUCUCAAGAGCAUCUCGCACUGUAUGUGGAUGUCCCUGUGGAAAAGGAGGCUUGUACUUCAGUUAAGUCUGCAUUAGAGCAGUAUAUGAAGACUCACAUUCGAGAAUUGCGAUGUGAAAAAUGCGAGGGUGCCCAGUGUCAAGUUAAUACUGUAUUUACUCAGUUGCCAAGAUAUCUCCUCAUCCAAGUGAAACGAUAUACCUAUUUGGAACAUUUAACUCAGAAAAUAACCAAUUUAAUUGCUAUUCCAUUGGAAUUAAAUGUUGGCAAUGUAGUGGAUAGCAAUGUUAUUUUACCAAAACCACUGCCUACAGACCAAGAGAAAGAAAAUGACAUAAAUGCUGAAAAUGAAGUUACUGAACCAACAAUUAACAAGAAAAAUGGUUAUUUAGAAGAAGAGGCAGAAAAUUAUGAUUCCAAGUAUUGCUACAGGCUUACUGGUAUUUUGUCACAUCAUGGAGAUAACCCCAAUACUGGUCACUAUGUAGCUGAUGUUUUUCAAAGCAUUCCUCAACGAUGGUAUCAUUAUGAUGAUGAAAAUGUUGAAAGUGCCGGAGAAGAUGAAGUACUUGAUGAAUCACGAGAAAAAAGUGGUUAUUUAUUUGUCUACACUUACAGGUUUGAACAAAAGUUCUUAAGUUCAGCAUUACAUUGGUUAAUAUGUAUAAAGAGUGGUAGAAAUAUAAUAUUUGUAGUACAGUUGUAUCAACAUGACUCCAAUUAUGUUUUAAAGUACAAAGGAAACUUCAAUAUAGUUUUGUACAAUAAAUUAGUAAACUGA